AUGGCGAAGGACACGGCGAAGAAAAACAUGCGGAGGAACGAGGCACGCAUGCGCACCUUUACGGUAUGCACAUGGGCUGUAAAUGUGCUUUCUCUUGCUUACUUAGUGUACCACCGCGGUUCACUUCCGUGCCUUCGUGAGGUUGUUGGUUUAGGCUUCUGGGCAGGACAGGAGUUCGUGGCGCUCGCACUCCUGAAGCAGUUUGCGCGGCCUAGUUACAGCUCGACCGGCGAGCUGCUGGACUGCCCGGACGCUUCUAACCCCAGUGAGCUGGGCGUGUACUCUUUUGCGCAGGACUUGCUCUGGGUGUGCUGGGUUGUGGGGCUCCUCUGUUGUCUCUUUCACUGGGCCUUUUUUCUCUUGUAUCUGCCCGUGCCCGCGAUGGCCAUGUACAAGGGCUGGAGCCUCAUCGGCCCACUGCUGCGGCGCCGACAGGGCCCCACCGAGGAGAACGCCGAGGGUGCCGCGAUGCCGCGGAACCGGGCAGAGCGCCGCAGGCAAGAGCUCCUGCAACGCAAGAGGAAAACGAAGUAG